GCCAGCUUUUUUGCAAUUUUGCCGGGGGUCAACAAACCAACAAAACACACUUCCGGUUAUCAAACAAUCAGAACAAUUGCAUCCGCACACCAAUUUGUAUUGAAGUUGUUGGCACUGGUUUGUUUUCAGGACGUCAAGGACUGUCAAGGAAGCAAGUGGCUGUCGUGUUUGUGACCUUGUCCGGUUGCUGAGCCAUUCUGUUUGUGAUCAAUUGAAAAAAUGAUGAACUCAGUUUCUUUUGGAUUGUCGCUCCUGAUCUUGUUUCUUAUACAAAAGGAUGUUAUUGGACAGAUUGACACAUCUCAAUGUGGGAAGACCUCUUGUUGUUUUCUCCUUCCAAAUGGCUGCGUUGGAAGCACAUGCGAUGUAGCAAUCUCAUUUCAAUACAACAAAACCUCAGGCCUUCUUGAUUCUGAAGUUGGUACCAGAAAUGUAUGGGUGGCUUUUGGUCUUAACAGCGUUGGUGGGAAAAUGGACAACGCGAAAGGGGAAGUUUGCUUUAAGGACUCGUCCACCCCACGAUUGAAAGCCUUCGUUAAUAAUGGCUAUUCUCCAGAUUUUAGUCAAUCGACAGCUGGCUUAACAAUCACUGGAAAUGGAAUAAAUAAUAAUUUUGUAACUUGCAAAUAUUCAAGGCCAAUAUCACCGCCAAGUGGAAGCUAUAUGGUCGACCUAAACACGAAUUGGCACAUUGUAGCAGCGUUCGGUGACAGUCUAUCGGGCACAAAUCCGGGCUACCACGGACAGUCUGCAUUGAAAACUGGGUUUUCAUCGACAAAGAUAGAUCUAAAGAAACCUUGCUUAAUAAAGUCAGCAUCCAAGUCAGUAGACAAAGUUAUCGCCCAUGGCUGUUUGAUGAUAAUUGCCUGGGUGUGUUUUGCUGCGUCAGGGAUGUUCAUCGCUCGUUACACAAAGCCUCUUGCUAGCGAGAAAUCUUGUUUUGGCGAGAAAGUCUGGUUCCAGAGUCACAGAAUAUUCAUGACGACGGCGCUGGUCCUCACUAUCAUAAGUUUCAUUAUCAUUUUUGUGCACAAAGAAGGAUGGAGCGAUGGCGCUGGAGCUCAUCCUAUCCUUGGCUGUAUCGUCACUUUUCUCGCACUUCUGCAGCCAAUAAUGGCCGCAUUUCGACCACACCCAGGCGAAGACAGGCGAUGGAUUUUCAACUGGGCCCACCGUUUUGUUGGUUCAACAGCCCUCACAAUAGCAGCUGUGACAGUUAUUCUUGGCCUCAAGCUGUUUGGAGUUAGUUUUGUGGUGAUUAUCAUUUGGAUUGUGGUGUGUGUUGUUUUGAUCAUAAUCAUGGAGAUUGGAUUGAAAGUCUUUGAAAAAUCCACAGCUGAGUACAAUCCAGCAAGGGCAAAUGACAAUGUUCAGAUAACUGCUGACACAAAGGCUGUUUCAUUUCGCCAGUGGAUGUUGCUGAUCGCCAUUCUGAUCUUCUUUACCUUGGGAUUUGCAUCAGUUGGAAUUGUUGCCGAAAAAGCAGUGUGAUGCCAACAGGGAGCAAUAAGAAGUCCCAAGGGAGGAAUCUGACAUCACUUUUAGCCUAGAUUCUCUUAUUGGCUGACCUUUGUAUACAUUUCAUCUCAAGCAAACUCAACUUUAUUUAUCAGCACUUAUGCUGUCACAUAUUUGAUUGCUUUUUCAAAUUUCCUUUUCCACAGCACCUUUUACAGAUAAUUGAACAUUAUGUGAUUCGAAUUUCAUGAUAAUUUUCAGUUGGGGUUUUAUAGCUGUCAAAUUAUGUUAGAGAUAAGAUAAAUUUAAAGAUAAUUUUUCAACCUUUGUUGUGUUUGCUUUUUGAUUGUACAAUUAUUUAUGGACUUUUCUAGAUUUUCCUCUAUUUAUAUAGAUACUUGUACUCACCAUAUAAUGACUUGUGUCUCCUUUCAUCAACAGAUCAAGAUUUAAGCAAUGUUAAGUUUAUAUUUAAGCUUAUUACUAUUUACCACAUGUCAUUUAGAUACACCCACGAUUCCACUGAGCAUUUUCCACACAGAAGUAUUACAGCUCCUGUCCUAUUGCUAAAAAUUUCCAAAAAAGUGUCAACCUUUUUCAUAAUUAUUUGCUAUUAUCAAAUAUAGAAUUACCUGGAUGACUACAGUAAAUUGAAUACUUUUAUAGAUAAGUUGUUUUCACUUUUAACUGCUUUUGGCCCCCUCUCAACAAGAGGCAGAUCAGCAAUGGAAUGCAUUGACCAUCAUUGAAUGCCCACAGUAUCUUUUCUAUUAAUGUUCAUUAAAACUUGACAAGAACUUAGCAGUGGCGGCUCAAGCCUGAGAUAAGUGGGGAAGACAAAUGGUGUGUUAGGGACCACGUCCUUUCCCCCUGUUUGAAACAUUUCCUUCCAGAGGAAACACCUUUUGUCUCCCAAGAAAUGUCAUUUAAAUGUGAUAAUCUAGAUAACUUACAUAUCCCCCCCCCUCCAAUUUUUCUCAUCAGGUUUGCAUGAAUCUCAAGGACCAACUUUCUGAAAAGUUGGCUCUGCCACUGGAUCUUAGACUUUUUUUAUCACCAAACCAGAUAAUGAUACAUGUGGACCUGGCAUGGUUUAAAUGCAACUAGCGCAAAGGAGACAACACCAUCUAGCAGUGUGUGUGUUUUGUUGAGAUCGAAAAUAAAUAUUGUUUGAUGAAUAUCCUGUACCAUAUACUCUGAGGUUAGGAACAGAAAGUUUCCUAUGUAAAUUAAUCUGUCUGAUCCUUAAUUUAACCUUCCUAUUUUAUCAGCCAAAUAAUUGGUUUAAAGAUUCAAAUUUUGAUUUGUCACUAUAAUCA